AUGCCCAGCAUGGCUGCUGACCGAAUGGAGUCUACUUCCGUUAAACUGUUCGUGAGAGGACUGCCAGUCCACUACCCAGAGUCCGACUUGAGAGCUGUUUUUGAAGAGUAUGGUAUGGUAGAAGAUGUGUUUAUAUUGAGGGAUAGGUCGACGAUGCAGAGUAGAGGGAUGGCCUUCGUACGGUUUAGAGAUAUCCCAUCUGGCAUGGCAGCGAUCAAGGCAUUGAAUGGGCAUCGUCUUAGUCAUAAUACCUCUACUAGUUGUAUUGAUAACGAUGUUGAGAGUGUUGAUGACAUGUCCUUUGAUCAGUCCCAUAUACCGCUGUCAGUAUCACUAGCCCAAGGUGAAGCGGAAAGGCUUGGUAUGCAUGGGGAAGUGGUGGCAACAGGUGGUGACACGAAGUUGUUCGUAUCGGGGUUGGGACCAGCGACCCAGGAAGAGGAGCUUCGGACUAUUUUUGAACCAUUCGGGCGAAUCAACGAAGUGCAUGUACCGGGACCGCAUGCCUUAUAUGCAUUCGUUCGGUUUGCGGAGAAGGAAGAUGCGCUGAAGGCAAUUCGAGAGGUCAACGGUCGUGUCACAGUUGAGGGGUCCCAAAGGCCACUCGAGGUGAAGGUGGCCGAAUCAAGGGCUGCCAAAGCCGAUAGGAAUGCUCAUCAUCAUCAGCAGCAGCAUGGCUAUGAGGGGGGAGCUUACGACCCCACUACAUCGUCGUCGGGCUAUGGUGGCUCGCCGCCUUUGAUUGCAGCAGGAGGAACGUCACGGCCGUUAUUCAAGGCUGGAAUGGCCGCUGAUCCUGCUAGAACUCAGGCACCAAGGACUGCUGGGGUCUGGACUGAGUACUUCACGAUGGACGACACUCCUUAUUAUCACAAUGCUCGCACCAAUGAAGUGCAGUGGGAGAUGCCCGCAGAGUUCAGGAAUCCGAUUAAUGUACACACAGCUCCUCAGACUAAAGGUCCUCCUGGUGCUAACGUAUUCGUAUUCUCGGUACCGGACGCUUGGACUGAGGACGACUUACGAGAUCACUUCUCAAGUUUCGGGAAUAUUGUUUCCGCUAAGGUGGUGGUUGAUAAGCAUACCGGCUUAUCGCGUGGUUACGGCUUCAUCUCCUAUGAUAAUGCACAAUCUGCGGGACGUGCGGUCGCUGAGAUGAAUGGUUUCGUGGCGGCUAAUGGUCGACGCAUUAAAGUGCAGAUAAAGAAGGGGGAGGAGGAUGCGGCAGUGGAAGAAAGGGGACGGAGGGGGAGGUCCAGCAGUCCCUAUUGA